AUGCCUCUACAAUAUGAGCCCAGCUUCCAAAAGGCCAUGGCCCCUGUGCUGGCGGCGAGGGCAGCGGCCCCCAAAAUCGACAUGGAGGAUCCACUCGCCAUUCGUUCUGUGAUGGGCCCGUCGUUUGAAAAGUUGAUGAACCAGCUCCCCGAUGUCCCAGAGGUUGAACAUGAAAUCCAUCACCUCACAUCGUACGAUGGACAGUCCAUUGCGAUCCAUCGCUAUCGCAGAAAGGACCAAGACGCGACGAAACCUGGAUCAGCCAUUCUUCACGUUCACGGCGGGGGCUUGAUAUUCGGCACCCCAGCGUUUUUCUCAAAGUGGCAGGCCUCGCUAGCUCGCGAUUCAGGAGUCCAGGUCUUCUCAAUCGACUACCGACUAGCCCCCGAGCACCCAUUCCCAGCACCCGUGGAGGACUGCUAUGCCGCACUGCCCUGGUUGCAAGAGAACGCAGAGAAACUCUGCAUCGACCCAAGUCGCAUCAUCACAUAUGGCGAGAGCGCAGGAGGAAACCUCGUUGCAGCCAUAAAUCUGAUGGCACGCGACCGUGCCCUCUCACCUCCCAUCGCAAAACAAAUGCUGAUCUACCCCAUGCUUGACGAUCGAUCUGUCAAUUCAAUGCCCGCCAUGGAUGGCCUUCUGAUGUGGACGCCCGAUGCAAGCGUCACCGCUUGGAAAGCUUAUCUGGGAUCUGACUAUGGGACAGAUCGAGUGUCGGAAUAUGCUGCUCCUGCUCGCGCGAAGAGCGUCAAGGGAUUGCCGCCUACUUACAUGGAGCUUGGCACAUUGGACCUUUUCCGCGAUGAAGACUUGGAGUAUCUGACGCGUAUCGCGAAGGAGAAUAUCGAGAGCGAACUUCAUCUUUACCCUGCUCUUCCUCAUGGUUAUGAUCUUUGGCUUCCUCUUGGAAAGCCAGCAGAAAGAGCCCAUGUCGAUAGACUUCAUGCCAUUUCCGGUGUAUGA